AUGGCUGGGUGGGCUGUCUCGGGCUUUCAACAGCAAAGUCCCAAAAGGGGCGACAACAAACUUGUGACAACUGUGGCAGACCGCCAAGCGAUCAGGGACCAGCCAACAGAAAGGGAAAGGAAAGCGCAGAGACCAGCAAAACAGCAAAACAGCGAGCGCCACGGGGCGCACCAGGACAACGAGGCAAAAGGGAAGGCGGCGGGCACCGGUCGAUGCACAGACUCGACAGACACCGAUCAGUUACAGAGAUUCAGCGCCAACCCGCGGUUGGACCUCUCUACCAAUUUCAACCCAAAACUUGAUAUGAUCGGUGAUCUCCUCUUCCCGUCUUCCGCGAGUGGCGGAUUGCCUUCAAACCCGACCGAUAAAGCGAUGCGCUUGCUAUUGCUCGCAACGCGAAUGCUGGGAUCAACAGGACACCAACCAUCAACUUUUCCCCAGACUUUGCCAGUCUCGAUUAGAGUCGCAUCUUGGGGGAACAUUUGCUCGAAACCUUACUGUGAGAGGGGAGACUCAAGCAGGGAUUCUCCAAAUAACUUUCUCUCGCAAUACGCCUAUCCAUGGACGAUCAGCGAUCAACAAAAACAGGCGCCCUGCAUCGUCUGCAUCGCCCCGGCUCGAGGCCACUGUUCCUCUUGCGUCCUGUCGUGCCAUGUCAUGGCCAGUAGGGGAACUCACGCGGACGGCGGACGCGGGGGUCUUCGGACGGCGUCACCCAGCCACAUACGAACAGCCUCGUCUUGCGUCGAUCGAGCGCCCACGACAUACGGAAGCUCGAUGACUGAUCUUCGCAACUGUCAACGUGACUCUAUUCUGUUGGAGUCAUCCCGCAACCGCCGGAAAGAAGCGCCAAACAUUCCAGUCCCACCCCCGCCUCGAAUCUCGCUGACCUCACUUCAUUCCACACAACUUAUUGUAUUCGACAGUACGCUGAUGAAGACAUGGGGUUCUUCUGGUUGCUUCAUCACCAUUCCAGACUGUCGCAUUCUGUCACUCGCCUCGCAGUUCGACCGAGCGUGGCAUGCGACUUACAUUGGUGCAAACAUCUGUGGCUUCAGCAGAGGCUGGCAGGCUGUAGAGAAGGGGAAAAGCAAACACUACCUGUCUCCAACCCUCGAACCAGCCAAUUCCGUCUCAGCCAGGCUGCCAAACAUUGGGGCCUUGAGUCGCCUUUAUCACGGUACUGGUGACGCUAGCUGGUGCCAUACCCAGCCCAAAAUCAAGGAAAGCCUUACCUUGCGGCCCACGAUGAUUAUCUGA